GUUUCCUACAAAUUAUAUGUCCAUUUCCUCUCAAUCCAAUCAAAUCAAUGGCUCAUUUUUCUCGUCAAUUCGUCCUUUGCUUCCUGCUCUUCAUCCUCCUAGCAUAUACAGCUCAAGCGUUCACCGGGACGUACGGGGUAAACUACGGGAGGCUCGCUGACAAUAUCCCGAAGCCGGAGAGUGUAGUGACGCUUUUAAAAGCAGCAAAGAUAAAGAACGUCCGAAUCUAUGAUGCAGAACCAACUGUCCUCAAAGCUUUCAGUAAUUCUGGAAUUGAAAUAUCGGUUUGUAUCCCGAACGAAAUACUGGCAGACAUGAGCGUCUAUGAGGAUAAAGCCAUGGCUUGGGUGAAAGAUAACGUUCAACCAUAUCUUCCUGACACACAUAUUCGAGGGAUAUCUGUAGGUAAUGAGAUACUGGGUCGUGGCGACGCAGCAACCUCGGAAGUUCUUCUAGGUGCAGUCAAGAACGUUUACAGUGCUCUUGACCGGCUCGAUCUAACUAACUUGAUCAAGGUAUCUACUCCACAUUCAGAGGGUGUAUUCGCAAACUCUUAUCCUCCAUCGUCGUGUGUAUUCAAGGAGGAUGUUAUGCAGUACAUGAAACCACUCCUGCAGUUCUUUUCACAAAUUGAUUCUCCUUUUUACAUCAAUGCCUACCCAUUUUUGGCUUACAUUAGUGAUCCUCAACAUAUCCAUCUCAACUACGCUCUAUUUGAGAAAAAUCCGGGGAUUGUGGAUCCAAAGAAUAGUCUCCAUUACGAUAACAUGUUUGAGGCGCAGGUUGAUGCAGCUUACGCUGCUCUAGCUGCUGCAGGAUUUGAGAACAUGGAGGUUAUUGUGUCAGAAACUGGCUGGGCGUCACAGGGAGAUCCAAAUGAAAUCGGGGCGUCACUUAAAAACGCUAAAACAUAUAACAAGAAUCUUCGUAAACGGCUCUUGAAAAAUAAAGGAACCCCAUUGAGACCAAAGAUACCUGUGAAGGCUUACGUUUUUGCGUUAUUCAAUGAGAACUCAAAGCCAGGGCCAACGUCUGAGAGGAAUUUCGGACUGUUUAAAGCUGAUGGGAGUAUAGCAUAUGACAUUGGCUUCACUGGAUUGAAGCCUUCAUCUGCAUCUCGUUCGUGCUCCAUGGUGCUUGCAUUAUGUGUUUCAAUGCUACUUCUUGUUCUAACAACCUUAUAGUAUCAAGAGAAUUGAAGCUCGACAAUCCUUUAAAAUCGACAUUAUUUGAUGCCUAAGUGGCUCCGGGAUAUACUAACAUUUGGUUACUGAUUUUCUUUUUCUUUUCAUACUUGUAUAUUUCAUUCCUCAUCUCCCAUUCCUUUACCAGUUCUUGUAAUUUGGUGAUGACAUAACAAAUAAUAAUUGGGCAAAUUUGUAUUUUGGUA